AUGACUGCAUCUAGUAGUUCUGAUCAGAUACUACUAAAACCAUUGAACCAAAAUCCAAGACACGGUUUUGAAGAAGAAUACGAAUCUGAACAAUAUUUAACUGAAUUGGCUACAAAUUUCAUCUUUUAUUUCGAUGACAAAAGACAUAGAACAAAUGCAAACCCAGUUCCAGAAAAGGAAAAACUACAAGAUAAAGACAAAUUUUACCAGCCAAUAGAAAAUUGGAAAAUCGGAAAAGAAAGAGUAAAAACAGUUGCUGCAGCUUUAAUUUUAUGUCUUCAUUUAGGUGUGGAUCCACCAGAUGUAAUCAAAACACAACCUUGUGCUAUAUUGGAAUCUUGGGUUGAUCCCUUAAAUUUUCAGGAUUCCAAAAAGGCAAUCGAGGCAAUCGGUAAAGCUUUACAAUCUCGUUAUGAAAUGCUUUCAUCUAAAACUAAAUACAAGCAGGCAUUAGAUCCUUGCGUGGAAGAUUUAAAAAGGUUUUGCAAUACUCUAAGAAGAGCCGCAAAGACAGAAAGAGUUUUAUUCCAUUAUAAUGGUCAUGGUGUUCCCAAACCAACACCAUCUGGUGAAAUUUGGGUUUUCAAUAGAAGAUAUACACAAUAUAUUCCUGUAUCUUUGUAUGAUUUACAAACGUGGUUGGGUGCACCUGCUAUUUAUGUGUGGGAUUGUAAUCAAGCCGGGAACAUUGUUGAAAAUUUUCAAAAAUUUACUGCAAAAAGAUUAAAAGAUGACAGAGAGGGAAGACAUGAUUCAGCAGCUUCUUCUCCAACCGAAGCCUACAAGGAAUGUUUCCAACUGGCCUCUUGUAGAGAAGAUGAACUGUUACCCAUGAAUGAGGAAUUGCCAGCUGAUUUAUUCACCGCGUGUUUAACUUCACCUAUAGAAAUAAGUGUGAAAGUUUAUUUGAUGCAAUCACCAUUGAAAGAUACAAAAUAUGCAAUGUUAUUUCAAAAUCAUGACAAUAUUAGAAAUCCGGAUGGAAAGAAUUUUACAAAAUUACCCGAUAUUACGAUUCCUGGGAAAAGUUCAGAUAGGAGGACUCCCUUGGGCGAGUUAAAUUGGAUUUUCACAGCUAUUACGGACACAAUUGCUUGGACUUCUUUACCCAGACCAUUAUUCAACAAGCUAUUUAGACAUGAUUUAAUUGUUGCUGCUUUGUUUAGAAAUUUUCUACUGGCGAAAAGAUUAAUGGCUUCGUAUAAUUGCCACCCCAUCUCCGAUCCCCCUUUGCCAAAUUCGGUUAUAGACCACCCCAUGUGGGACUCAUGGUACUUGGCUAUUGAUCAGGUUUUAACCAAACUAAUAGAAAGUAUGAAAAAUCCAACAGAUCCGGAUUCCCAACAGAUGUUGUUAAAUCCAAAAACAAAACCGAACGAUGUGCUAAAUAAAUAUAAAUCAAGUAUUGGUUCGCUGAGUACAAUGUCCUUGGUGAAUCAAACAGCUGGUGGUAAUAGCCAAUUGAUUCAGAAUUCCAAUACCAACAAUAACAACAACAACAACAACAACAACAACCUGAGCAAUCUACCGGCUAAUAAUACCUCUUAUCAGCAGUAUUCUGACUUUUUUGUUCAAAACUUAACAGCAUUUGAGCUAUGGUUGAAAUAUGGUUCAAAUACAAGAAAUCCCCCUGAACAAUUGCCUAUAGUAUUACAAGUUUUAUUAUCACAACUACACCGUAAUAGAGCUUUGAUUUUAUUAUCAAAAUUUUUGGAUUUGGGUCCUUGGGCGGUAUAUUUAUCUUUAUCAAUCGGUAUUUUCCCCUAUGUCUUAAAGUUGUUACAAGGGCCCUCCAACGAAAUGAAGCCAAUUUUAGUUUUUAUCUGGGCAAGAAUCAUGUCUAUUGAUCACGAAAAUACACAGGAGGAACUAAUUAAAGAGGAUGGUUAUAUGUAUUUUGUACGAAUAUUGUGUCCUGAAAUACUUCAGCAACAACAUUACAAUGGUAGAAACUCAUCCAAUGGGUUGGUUUUAAAUGUUCCGGUAAGUUCAGCUUCACAAAGAUAUCAACAAGCUUCAAGCGGCAGUGCAGCUCAACAACAAACAUUUCACAUAAGUGACGAACAAAAAGCCAUGGCUGCCUUUAUUUUGACUUCAUUUGCAAGGGACUUUGAGGUUGGCCAGAGAUGUUGUUUUAAUGCUGAUAUCUUACCACAUUUGAAAAAUCUAAUUGAUGUCUCAGAUACACCAAUGUUGAGACAAUGGUGUAUCAUUUUGGUUGGUGAAUUAUACAAAAGAAACCCACUAUACAAGAUUGCAUGUUUGCAUAACAAAUUAGAGAGGCAGUUUGAUAUUUUUGCAACUCUAAUCAAAUCAUUAAAGGACCCAGUACCAGAAGUUAGAUGCUCUGCCAUAGUAAGUUUAUCAAAUUUUCUUUCUGACGAAGAUGAAACUGAAUUAAUCGCUAAAACGCAUAUGAAUUUAACGUCUCAAGCUAACACUUUACAACAACAACAUUUAAUGAUUCAAAAUAAUCCACCACAGCAGCAACAAAAUAGCAAUUAUCAUCAUCGAAUUCAACAACAUUUGCAUAGAAUACAAAUAGAUUUACACUUAUUACAAAAUUUUGCCAUUAAAGAGAUAAAAUUACAAGAGGUGAAAAUAAUUGUUUCUGCACUAAGCUUGCUAAAUGAUGGUUCUCCUAUUGUUCGUAAAGAGUUAAUUAAGUUUCUAUCCAAGGUGGUUAACACCUACAUCAAUUUUUUUAUUGUCAUUGCAUUUAAUGAAUUACUUGAAGAAAUUUUAUCUUUGGAAGUGCCAGGUGGUGUUGGCGGCAUGCGUGAUGAACAUAAAAAGAACGAUUUGGUGGGACAAAACUCCAUUUUUAAUACCAUAUGGAAAUCUGUCUUAAUUUUGUCCGAUGACCCGCAUCCGGAAAUCAAGUAUAACGCGGAAACUGUGAUUAAUUAUAUUUUGUUGGCUAUGAAUGAAAACGCUGAUUUAGGUAGCAUUGUUGUAGAAAUGGAAAAAUAUUUCAUAAAAAGAAAUGAAGUUGGUGGACGCAACAUCAAUAUUUUUAACACUACUUCCAACAUUAACACCAAUAACCAGAGUAGCAGUGAUAAAAACAUAAUCGAUGAAUUUUCAACGGCAAAAAAUAGAAAUUAUCAACCAAAAUUAAUAUUCGGAAAUGGUAAAGAUUUUAAUAAAGACAUAAGCAAAAAUUCCAAUGGUAGUGAUAACAAGGAUGAAGAUGAGCCUAAAACACUAACGGCAAGGUUCAUCAAAGUUUUACAUGGAUUUGCUCGUGAGUGUUAUGUUGAACGUAAUAACGAUAAGAAUGAUAGGCCUGGAACUUCUAAUAGCAUGAUUGCAAGCGACACCAGUGCUAAUGGCGGAAUUAGCAGAAAAUUGGCCAAACUAUCUUUGUUAAAUGUGCCAUAUGGGGUCGAACAUAAACCACGCACACCAAGAUUUGAAUAUCACACUCCGCCCGCCUCUUUAUAUGACAUUGAUAUUCCAAUAGAGUCUACAUUUAUAGAUUACUCUAAGGAAUAUUUCCAAGAACCCCAAAUGAAGAAAGAUGAAGAUGAUGAGCCAGGCAGUACUGUUUAUCAGGCAAGAGAAUGGCGGAAGUAUAGAAAUGAUAAUAUAAUCAAAAAAACACAAAAUAAAAAGGAAUUAUCAUUGUAUGGCGAGUGGAAUGCUAUAUACCGAACUGCUUACAACAAAACACACCCAAAAAUAUUCAAAUUUACUCAAUUUGAAGACUAUUUGGUAACUGCAGACGACAGAGAUAAUAUCAGAUGUUAUGAUUGGGAAAAUGACGUUAUAUUAUCCACAUUUUGUAAUGAAAACCCCUUUGGUACCAAGAUUACUGACAUGGAUUUUAUAAAUGAAGAUGAUGUUCCCCUAUUGGUAACCGGCUCCUCUGAUGGGAUUAUAAAAAUUUUCAAGAAUUUUCACGAUGUGGACAACGUAGAAAUGGUUUCUUCAUGGAGGGGAUUGACCGAUAUGCUACUGACGCCAAGAUCAACAGGUCUAUUAACUGAAUGGCAACAGAUACGUGGUACUUUGUUGGUAACUGGUGAUGUCAAAAUCAUUAGGGUUUGGGAUGCUUUGACAGAAAACGUGGAAGUUGAUAUACCUGCAAAAACAUCAUCUUUAGUAACAUCACUAACAUCUGAUCAAUUAUCGGGUAAUAUAUUUGUUGCUGGGUUUUCCGAUGGUAGUUUAAGAUGCUACGAUCGCAGAUUAAACCCAAGGGACUCUAUGAUUAGGUUGUGGCGUUCCGGAGUGGGCAGUAAAUGCGGCAAGUCUUCUUGGAUCACCAAUGUCCAUAUGCAAAGGGGUGGUUACAGAGAGUUGGUCAGUGGGAAUUCCAAUGGUGUUAUUGAAUUAUGGGAUAUUAGAUACCAAGACCCUGUUCUAGGGUUUAAUGAGCAAAUGACUGAUAUGAAUGGUAACGGUGGCGUCAUACCUACUAUGAGUAAUUCAGCCGGCAAUUCCACAACCAAUUUCAAUACUAAUAUAACAAGUAAUAAUGUGAUUUCUAAAGACAGCAAAAGCUCUAUGGUUACAAUGCAAGUGCAUGAACAUGCGCCUAUUAUUGCAUCUGGUAGUAGAAAAAUUAAGAUAUGGACUACUUCAGGCGAUUUAAUAGCACAAUUUAAAAAUACUUAUCGUAGUUCUUCUCACAAUAAUAAUACCUCAACAAAUUUAGGAGAUAUGGUUAGCAGUUUGACACAAGCUUCUAGAACAUCACCGUAUCUAUCCUCUUUGACUUUUCAUCCACAUAGAAUGAUGAUUGCUGCUAAUAAUUCGCACGAUACGUCGAUUAAUAUUUACAAAUGUGAAGAAAAGACCCUAACAAAUAAUGAUUUUUAUUAA